AUGGAAGGCAAUUUAAUCGACAACCCAAUCGAGUGCGCUCCAGGAGAAACGCCAAAGAUCUAUCGUGUUGUCCUCACUGGUGGCCCUGGUGGAGGAAAGACUACAUCCCUUACACAAAUCGCCGAUCAGUUCCGCCCACUUGGAAUCCAAGUCUUCCACAUCCAAGAGAACUCGACUAUGUUCUUCAACUCUGGUGCUGGGUUUCCUGCAAAAGGCUCUGAGAGGCAAAGGUUGUGUUGGGAACUGUGCAAGAUCCGAUGUCAGCUUGCCAUGGAGGAUCAGUUCUAUACGUACGCUCAGUCUACAAACAAAAAGACAACACUUAUCUUGUCAGACAGAGGGAGUAUGGACUCAGCUGCUUAUAUGACUGAGGACAACUGGAACAAAGUCGCCACAGAAGGGGGAUUCGAUAUGGACUCGUUCUGUAAGAAGAGAUACGACAUGGUUAUUCACUUGAGAACAACAGCAAUCGGCGCAUUGAGGUACUAUGACAGAAAGAGCAACCCCGCAAGAAGAGAAACACCAACAGAAGCCGCCGAACUUGACUACACCAUUGAAGAAAAAUGGGCCAUCCACCCACACCAAAUCAUCAUAGAUAACAGCACUAACUGGCAAGGAAAGGUCAAGAGAAUUUGUGAAAAAAUUGCAGACUUCGUUGGCAUCGAAUAUCAUUCCGUGCUUGAUAUUCCAAUGACUCCUCCAACUCCAAUGGUCUUCCAGUAA